AUGGCAACCCAACAUUGGAACCAGGCAACAAUUCAUAUGCAUCAGGCAGAGCAUCACUCUGAUCAAGCCCAUGCGGCACAACAGAAUGGUCACCACCAACUCGCAGAGGAUCAUCGAACUCAAUUCGAUCACCAUAUUACACAGAUGAAUCAUCAUAUCGACCAACACGCACACCAUCUCCACCAGGCCGAAUUGCAUGGUGCGCAGAUUCCCCCUGGUCAUCGUCGGAGCAUAGAUGAGUUGGACUAG